AUGAGUAGAUUAGUCAAAGUCCUUGGGACUGGUAUCGGCCUUGCGUCGGAGGCCAUCUAUGCUUCUCGUGAACGCUCAUCUUCAAACAGGGCCUCGUUAUCCCGCAAUGCUUCAGAUUGCCCGGAGUAUGUGGAGGUAGACGAGGACACCGCCGACGAACUAGUUCGCAGUGGCAAAGCAGAGCGUGUCGACACAGACGACGAAAAGAAGAGCAAAGCCCGCGAAGCUGGAUACGAUUUAUACCGCCCUAGCUCAGAGAAUGACUGGAGAGAUCGCGGGCUCGCAGAAGACGAAGCAGCGUGGGAACUCGACGACAUGGCAGAGGAAGUCAAGCCUCCAACGUACGAGGCGUCUCAGGCGACUGCCAUGACCCCUACAUCAGAAGAGCCUGAGGAAAUCAAAGUGAAGAAACAGCAGAAGAUGGUCCAGAGACUCGUACAGAUGGCGGGACCACCUCCCCAACCCUCUGGGCGCAUUCCGUGCCCUGUCAUCAUUCCGCAACGACGACCGGGGAAGAAAGAUCGCGGCUUCGUUCGUGCUUAUGCACCUGUUCUGGAUAAUUGCGGUAUAAGCCAAGAUGUUUUUAUCCAAUUCAUCUCUGAUUUUGACAAAGCGAGCAAGGCCUCCCCGUGGCUCGAUGUUGUCUUCAUUGCGGCCGGGAUCGCAGGAUUUGCACCCUCUAUCGCUGCUCAGGUUGUGAGCCUUGUAGCACAAGUCACUGCAGGGACAGCGCGGGAAUUACAGUCUCGACACCGACAAAACAGCUUCCUUGAUCGAGUGAAUCAAGAGCUUCUUAUGCCGCGUGGUCUAUUUGCACUGGUCAUGGCCUUCAAAGAAGACAUUCCUGGCCAGCAAAGCGGGCUCCUAGGCAUGCUAUCGCAAAAACUUGGCAAAUCAUUGUUCUCAAGCGAGACACUUGACUUGAACCAAACAAUUGUGAAGUACAGUGCUUCAGAUCCAGCGAUGUCAAAAUUGAAGAAGGGAAUGAAUGACAUGCGUUUGACCAGCGGUAAUACCUAUGGACAACUGCAGUUACCCGAGGCUGCUCCCCUGGUCUAUCCUGAUCUGGAUCGAGUCGCUGCGCAGGCGUUGGAGGGCAACGACCAAGGAAAAGGCAAGCAGCCAACAAAUACCCGCGAGAAGCUCCGUAGCGCAGGGUCCUGGGUUCAAGAUUACUUCGACCGUCGCGGGCAGGCACUGUACGAGGCUGAACACCAAGGCUCGGCUUUGGCCGUUCCUACAUCGGAGCGCCCUGCCUUCAAGUCACGCUUCAGCGAUCCGAACCACCCGGCAAACAAUGGAUCGUUAACCUCACUUAUUACUGGCGGUGCCAUCUCACAAUCGCCGCGCAAGAUGCUGAAAAAUGCUGUCCAGAGUCAACAGGGCGACUUGUGUGGAAACAGGGGUGACGGGCGAGGUAUUCUUGCACGAGGCGCGAGUAGACCUAGAAAAGCACAGGGUUCGAGAGGUGGAAGUGGCGGAAGGCCCAUCAAAAAGAUAUUCCAGCAAGAUGUGCUCUAUCUUAUGGUUGUCAAUCUGCCGACUGAUGAAGAGAUCAAGGCAUCGGUUGCCCAGCUGGAGCAGGUUGCGGGGCAAGUUAUAAGAGUUUAA